AUGACACAUACAGAUAAUACAUUACCUAUUCCCAACAUUCUUACGCUACACUCGCUUUUAUCGGGGCAUCCGCCUUUGCGUCCGUCAUUACGUGCAUUAGAUGAACCAAGAAAUCUAGAAAUUAACAUUGUUUCUUCAUCUGAAUCUGCAAGCCAACGUAGUGUUGAGGUUAAGCUUGGUGAAACCUACGUAUCAUGCAAAGUGUCUGCACAAAUCACACAGCCUUAUGAAGACCGACCAUUUGAGGGCACUUUUGCCAUAAGUACGGAAAUCACCGCAAUGUGCUCUCCUGCCUUCUCAAAUAGUAACAAUACUGAUUUCAGCACUGCUGCUCCAGCAAUUGUACCAGCAACAUCCGUGAAUGUUCCAAGUAAUGGGGAAAGUAACAACAACAAUAACAGCAAUAAUGGUUCUGGCUCUGGGAAUCAAGAGAAUCAACUAAGUAUGGGCGGAGGUGCAGUGAUGGGAUUAGCCGCUGACCAGGGGGCAACUGAGAUUUUAUUGGGCAGGCUCAUCGAGAAGGGUGUGCGUCGAUCCAAUGCACUUGACUUGGAGUCGUUGUGUAUUAUUGCAGGACAGAAAUGUUGGGCUGUCAGGGCCGACGUUAGGUUUUUAAAUUAUGAUGGUAAUUUAGUCGAUGCGGCGAGUAUAGCUGUGAUUACUGCUUUGUUGCACUUCCGGAAACCAGAUGUUGAGUUGGUUGGUAGCGGAGAGGGCACUGAAUUGAUCAUCUAUGAUGAAAAACAGAGAGAGAUGGUACCAUUGAGUAUAUUACAUAUACCAAUCUGUGUUACGUUUCAGUUUUUCUCCACCGAAAGUGUCGAAAGAAACAUCAAGGGUGAAUCUUUGGAUUCAAGGUCUAGAAGCAGACAGGUCAAAAGUAACAAUGGCGAUGAAGGUGAUGAUGAUCUAAUGGACGUUGAUUAUGAGGCCAAUGAUGGACCAAGAGCGUCCAACGAGGUUGUUAUUGUGGAUGCCACGUCAGAAGAAGAGUUAUUAUCACAGGGUUCAAUGACGGUGACGUUGAACUCCAACAAGGAGCUAUGUCAGAUCAGUAAGAGUGGAGGAUUGAAUGUCGAUUCAAAGAAGGUUCUAGAGUGUUGCCAAAUUGCUUCCAAGAUUGUAGAUAAGUGGACAAAACAAAUCAAACAAGUCCUAGCUGACGAUGAAAAGAAGCGUCGGAAUCCGCUCAUUGAGAAGACCUUGAGUACUGUCAACGAUAGAAGCAGUUGA